AUGGAGCUGAACCAGACGUCCCCACCUCCCUCAUCCCCCGUGAUGAACCCUGAAGCAGAUGAUUCCUGUGGGAUCAUCAAUGUCUCCGAUGUGGCCAUAAACGGUGUCACUCUGCUCAUCUGCCUCUGCGGGCUGGCUGGGAACGGGGCCGUGCUAUGGCUGCUGGGAUUCCACAUCCGCAGGAACCCCAUCACCGUCUACAUCCUCAACCUGGCCGUCGCCGACUUCACCUUCCUCCUCUUCAUGGUCCCCUCCUCCCUGCUCUACCUGCUGGAGGAAGUGUCCUGCUCCGCUGUCGUGUCCCUGAAGUACCUGAGGUCCCUCCUCCUGCUGUCGCUGUUCUCCUACAACAUGGGGCUGUACCUGCUGUCAGCCAUCAGCAUCGAGAGGUGUGGUUCAAUUCUCUUCCCCCUCUGGUACCGCUGCCGCCGUCCCCAGCGCCUCUCAUGGGUGGUGUGUGGCCUGCUCUGGGCCCUCUCCCUCGCUGUCAUGGUCGUGGUGACCUCCCUGUGCCUGUCACACGAGCACGAGCACUGCCGGCUGGCUCUCAUCUCCAUGUACGCCCUCAGCUUCCUCAUCUUUUCUCCACCCAUGGUCAUCUCCAACGUGAUCCUCUUCAUCAAGGUCCAGUGUGGCUCCAAGAGACGUCAGCCUAAGAGGCUCUACGUCGUUAUCUUCCUCACUGUGCUCUUCUUCCUCAUCUGUGGAGUGCCCCUCAGCCUCUGGAAUUUCCUGCAGCAGCUCAGCCCCACCCUUGUGUCCUCCCAGGUGGUUUUCCUGCUCGCCUGCAUCAACAGCAGCAUCAACCCCUUCAUCUACUUCUUGGUGGGGAGCUGCUGGAGGCACUGCUCCGUCGUGUCCCUCCAGGUCGCCUUCCGGAGGGUUUUUGAGGAGACAGGGAUCACCACAAUGUCCAGCUGAGAGGCCACUGCGGUCCCACCAGCCGUGCUGCCCAUGCUGGCUUCAUACUCUGCUGCCCACCCUUGCUCCCAGCCAGGCCUGCGGGUCAUCUUCCUGCAGCUGUGAGUCACGAUGCAUUCCAUAGC